AUGGGUAUUAAAGGGUUAAACAAGCUGCUUACUGAACAAGCUCCACUUGCUUCAAGAUCAAGUGAUAUUAAAACUUUCUUUGGUAGAAAAGUUGCCAUUGAUGCUUCUAUGUGUUUAUACCAAUUCUUGAUUGCUGUUAGACAACAAGAUGGUCAACAAUUGACCAGUGAAGAUGGUGAAACUACUUCUCAUUUGAUGGGUAUGUUUUACAGAACUUUACGUAUGAUUGAUUAUUCAAUUAAACCAGUUUAUGUUUUUGAUGGUAAACCACCAAUUUUGAAAGGGAGCGAAUUAGACAAACGUCUUGCUCGUAGAGAUGAAGCUACCAAGAGUGCAGAUGCAAUUAGAGAAACUGGUACAGCUGAAGAGAUUGCAAAAUUUGAAAGAAGAACAGUUAGAGUUACAAGAGAACAAAAUGAAGAAGCUAAAAAAUUGCUUGAGUUGAUGGGUAUACCUUAUGUUAAUGCUCCUUGUGAAGCUGAAGCUCAAUGUGCUGUUCUAGCUAAAGCUGGUAAAGUUUACGCUGCUGCUUCUGAAGAUAUGGAUACUUUAUGUUAUAAAACACCUUUCUUACUACGUCAUCUAACUUUUAGUGAACAACGUAAGGAACCAAUUCAAGAAAUUGAUAUUGAAAAAGUAUUGGAAGGCUUGGAUAUGGACCAAAAACAAUUUGUUGAUUUAUGUAUCUUAUUAGGUUGUGAUUAUUGUGAUUCAAUCAAAGGUGUUGGUCCAGUUACAGCUUUAAAAUUGAUCAAAGAGCACGGUACAAUUGAAGGUGUCAUAAAACAUGUUGAGUCAAACCCUGAUUCUAAAUAUAAAGUGCCCGAAGAAUGGCCAUAUGAAGGAGCAAGAGAAUUAUUUUUGAAUCCUGAUGUUUUGGAUCCAAAAGAUAUUGAAUUGAAAUGGAAAGAACCAAAUGAAGAAGGGCUAAUCAAGUACAUGGUUGUGGAAAAGGGGUUCUCUGAAGAUCGUAUCAGAACUGGUAUUAAAAGAUUACAAAAAGGUCUAAAAACUGGUACCCAAGGUAGAUUAGAUGGGUUCUUCAAAGUAGCACCAAAGACACCAGAACAAUUAGCAGCAGCCAAGAAGAAAAGAGCAGCUGAAGAGGCAGCUAAAAAGAAGAACAAAAAGACAAAGAGAAAAUGA